AGAGCGCAUGCGCAUUUGAAUGACGCGCAUUGUGUGCGCCUGACCGACUGUAGCGAGCGCGCGGUAAAAGGUUUCCAACGUUUAUCGCGAAUGAGUUUCCGUCCCUUGUAAACAGGCUGCCAGCCCAGUAUGUUCACUCCCCGCGGCACACCGAGCUCAGGCCGCAGACAGGCGCCCCGGACCGGUGGUCGGAAGAGCGUGAGUGCCGUUCAGCCCGGGCUGCUGUUCUCUCCACGCCGCUCCGCUGUCACAGCCAGAUCCACUCCCACCCGAGUUCAGAGUCAUGCAGCCCUCGAUUCGCAUAAUUUUGACAUUCAGACUUUCGGAUCAUCUCUGCCUGUCAAAGUCAUGGAGGCGCUGACCAUGGCCGAUGUGGAUGAUCAGAUCUCUGUGAAGGUGGAGGCGUCCGGUUGGGCGUGGAUGGUUUGUGGAGAACGGCUGAUCAUCUGGAAAGUGUCUCAGAUGUCUGUGGCAAAGCUGUCGGUGUGUAAAGACCUCCAGCUGCCCUCCAGUGAGUUUGCAUACAGCGCUGAUCUCAUCUCCAUCACUUCCUCCAGGCCACUUGAUUCUGCACCCAUACCGUCUGUCAGUGCAUUGGCCGUGUCUCCAGACGGUUCGGCCCGGUUUUGGCCCAGUCUGGCUCAUGACGGGACUUACACUGAGACAUCUCUGGAUCUCGCCGGACACGUGUGCAACUACGUCGCAGCUGUUAAGGGCGGGAGUUUCAUCGUGUCAUCAUACCGUGGGCACCUGCUCCGGCUCACUCCGGAUUCCUCCGGUAAACUGCACCAGCGGCCCGUGCAGCAGGGUCAAGGGAUGCUGUCUGGCAUCGGACGCAGGGUUUCCAGUCUGUUCGGCAUCCGCGGCCAACCGGCCGACCUCACGGUGUUCAGUGUGUUGUGGGUGAAGGAGACCGGCUGUCUGUACUCUCUCAGCUCGUGUGGCCUCAGUAAAUGGGAGGUGGAUGAGAACAGUGAGACGCAGGUGUUGAGCUGGAGCACCAAUCAGAUCAUCACAGACAGCAUCACUGACGCCAUCUGGGACUCGGAAAGUAACUACUCGGAGAUCAAGAAAGGAGUGAAUGUCGCUUAUCUGGACAUACAGUACAGCAAAGCGGGGCUGGUGGUGUUGGCGGCAGCGUGGCAUCCGGGCGACAUUCCAUGUGUGGCGUAUUUCUGCCUGGUCACUCUUGCAGAAAGCAUAGCGCCUUCACCAGACCUGCUCACUGUGGAGGUCACCAAAUACAACCCGCCCUUCCAGAGUGAGGAGGAGCUGCAGAAGAUGCGUGUGGUGUUGCCCGAGCCGUCGAGUCCUGCUGCGUACCUCUAUAAUGAGGAGCUGGUGUUCACCUGCAGCACUGGAGCUGGACGCGGAGGACUCGCAGAGGAGAAGAUCUCCUUCAGCUCUCCAGGUGACCGUAUCCGAGGCGGUGGGGUGUGUGCCGGUCUGCCGGUGUUUUUCUCUCAGAACAGCGGGCUGGUUGCCGUUUUAGCGAAAGAAAGUGCUUCCCUCCUACCCGAGACCAUGGAGGACUCGCUCUGCACCUCAGUAGCUGGACCUGAGGGCACUCCAUUAGAGACGCCACCUAAAAUAGACAUGGUGGCCCAGGAGGACAAAACUAAACUGCUGAAGCAAGCGUUCCUACAGUUCUGCCGUCAUGAUCUGGUUGGAGCUCAGAGCAUGGUGGACGAGCUCUUUCCCAGCGAUGGAGAGGGAAGUGCGGAGCUGGAUGCCGUCGUGACCCAGAUUGACCUGGACCUGGUGGACGACUACCCUGCAUGUGACCCACGCUGGGCCGAGUCUGUUCCUGAUGAGGGCGCUGGAUUUACACUGACGUCUCUGAUCCUGCUGCAUCAGUUGGAGGAUAAGAUGAAAGCGCACCGCUGCCUCAUGGACUUCCUGCUUCAGGUUCCUCAAUACAAAUUGUUAAAAGAUAUGCUUCAAGCAGCAGCGCAGUACCGAGAGACCAAAGCAUCUCUGUACAGGGCGCCAGAGAACUGCGGCCCUGAGCCCGAGUACAUCCCAUGGACAGCCUCAGGAGGAGCGGGUGGAGUUCGGACCGUCAUCACACGGCAGCACGAGCUGAUCCUGCGUGCGGUGUAUCCUCACGCAGACGUGGAGCUGCGCGGCGUGCUGAGCGAGCAGCUGGUGGCGCUGUUGGACUCUCUGUUGAGCGGUUAUGUGGCUCAGCUGACGUCUCUCCGCCGCACCGGACAACAGGAGCGCUACGUCAUGCUGGAGAACGAGUACACGCAGAAACGCUCGGAGCUGCUCGCGCUUCUCCUGGAGUUGGGUCAGCAUCAGUGGGUUGCGGCGCUGGCGGAGAAAUACUGUGACUUUGACAUAUUGGUGCAGUUGUGCGAGCGAACAGAUAACCAGAGUCGACUACAGCAGUACAUGGUCAAAUUCGCUGAUCAGAACUUCGCUGACUUCCUGUUCCGCUGGUACAUGGAGAAAGGCAAGAGAGGGAAGCUGCUGUCUCAGCCAAUAGCAACGCACCAGCAGCUGGCCAGUUUCCUGCAGGCUCACGAUCACCUCAGCUGGCUGCAUGACAUACAUGUGCAAGACUAUCAGAGAGCCCAUCGUACCCUGUACAGUCAGGCCAACAUGGAAACACGAUACUUCAGCAAGAAGAAGACCCUGCUGGCCCUCAGCAAACUCACGGCUCUGGCGUCAGACAUGCCUGAAGCCGUGCACCGCAGACAGCUCAACGAUAUAGUGGAGCAGGAGAGGUUUCUGCUUCAUCAGGAGACUCUUCCUAAACAGCUGCUGGACGAGAAGCAGCUGAACCCAGACAGCAUGCCUCUACUGAGCCCUCGUAACCUCAUUAAUCUGUACAUCUGCGAUGAGAACCGUGGAGCCAACGAGUACGACUUCAAGAAAGCUCUCGAUCUGCUGGAGUACUUGGAGGAGGAGGAUAGAGUUGAUCUCGAUGCCCUAAAACGAGAGAUCUUCAGUAAAGCCUUAAAGAAAGACUGGAAGGAGAGUUGGUCAUCGUCUGAUGAUAAUGACGAUCCUCUAGAAGCAGCCAGAGACAGCACUUUCGUCAAGAUCCUACAGAAACUCAUCCAGGAAGGUGUUUCUCUGCAGUCGUACCUGCCUGACGUGAAGGAUCUUCUGCAGGAAGACGAGCUGGAGAGUCUCAAAUCAAAACCGUACUUUGAGUUCCUCCUGCGAGCCAAUUAUGAGCACUACCAGAAAGCUCAGAUUUGACAUUACUUCCUGUUUCUGCUUACUGUUUCCUUGUUAAUAUUCCAACUUUUUUUUGUACCGUUUCAAAAAAAAUAUAUAAUAAUAAUUACAUGAACCAACGCUUGAAUUUUCUGAAUAAACUGUAUUUCUGUAAUUGACGACAGACAGUUCAGUGAUGGUAAUCUUCUGCU